AUGGCAGUCUUCAGGUCAGGCGCUAGGUGGGCGGACUUGUCUGUUGAUUCAUCCAGUUGCAGCAAAACCGUUCCCGGAAGCACUGCACAAGCUGCACUUCUAUUGCAGGCCGAACAAGCCGAGCAAUCGUAUGCCCCAGACGGGGCUGCUGCCCUCCCUGAGUUCGAAAACAGUCAAGCAGGAAUUAACCUGUUUUUAAAGGAAGUUGAUCUAGGUGGGGAGGAUUCCAGCAAAAACGGAAACUCUUCUGGCCCAGGAGCAGAGCACGUAGCGGCUGCGUGUUCAUCAGACAAGCCAGCCUCUAGCAAGCCAAGCCCCGAGGAGGACGAUGGAGUCGCUGCGAAGAUGCCUGGGUUCAGGGGGUUGCUGGUGAGCGUUCCAAACGACGGGGCUAGUGCGGGUGCAAGCGACGACGCCUCUAACGCUGGCCGGCGCGAACGGAAUGCGGCUUCUAAGAUAAGUGAGACAGCUGCGCUUACGCCAGCUAAAAGAAAUAGAAGAGCCUCUGGAGCCCCCGACGGGAUUUCGAAUACGGUUGUUGGAAAUUCAGAGGCGCCCGCAGAAGAUGGAUCUGCAUCACCAGCUGCUCCGGAUGGGAUGUCUCAGCGCUUCGCUCAAAGUAAAAGGCGCAAGUCUGCUUGCUCUCGCCGUUCUGCAGAUGGUUAUUUCCCUGAGAGAAUCGCCAAUAUUGAGUCUUCAGUCAUGUCAUAUGGGCAACAGGGGAAACGCCGUAGCGCGAGGGGGAGUGACCGACACCGAUCGGGUGGGACACGCAGAGCCUCUGAGGGCCAGCCCAAUGCUGGGCUGCUGCUGCAGAUGGGAAAUCCCGCCUUCUUGCAACUGCCUGGUCUCGUGUCCCCCAUGUUCAUGCCAGCUGCACUGCCACCAGGGACGGUAGUCCCCCUGACAGGUGUUCUCCAUCCACAAGUAGUGAAAAAAGCAAAAGAGAUGGUCAACACCAGCAAGGAGCAGCAAGAGCAGGAGGAUGAAGAGGAGUGGCAACGGCGUGAGUGCGCGAGAAUGAAGGAUAUAGCUAUCGGGAAGGCUACUGCAGGGUACCGCAAUUUUCUCAAGCGGGUGGGAACGGAGCGCCGAUCAGAGGGAGACCCGAUGACCCCAGAUGCCAAACUGCGAUGCAGCAAAGCCCAGUUCCAGCGAGCCUACCAAAAGUGGAGGAAACAGCUGCACCAGUAUGACAACAUCUUGGACGAAUCAUCGAUCAGCACGCCGUCACCAGCCGAAGCGCAAUGUCCAACCGUGGAGGUAGCAAAUGCAGAAGACGGAAACGGUGGCCUACCAAAAGAUGCAUCUGAUCAGCAGGCCUUAGAGGCAAUCCUGGCUUUCAACAAGGAGUGCGAGCUAGCAGGUUUGUAG